GCUUGAUACGAUGUCGUAAACGUCUUCUUCUCGUCAAUUUUGAUUAGGAACUUGAGAGAGGUAAUGGGGAAAGCUGGUGACGGAGCAUACGACUAAUUCAAAAAUGCCUGCUGUGCGGUCGGUUGACUGGCAGUGGGAGAACGCCACCGCCGGCGCCGUCGCGGGGCUCGCCACCGCCACAUUUACUCAUCCCCUUGAUGUCGUCCGCACGAGGUUCCAAGUACACGACGGGCGAACAUCGAUGCUUCCCGCAUACAGGAACACUCCUCAUGCUCUAUAUACCAUCACUCGCUUGGAGGGCAUAAGAGGGCUUUAUGCAGGUUUUUACCCCGCUGUUCUUGGGUCAACUAUUUCAUGGAGCUUAUAUUUCUACUUCUAUAGCAAAGCAAAGCAAAGAUAUUUGAAAGACAGGAAGGAGUUGACCCCAGGCCUUCAUCUUGCUUCAGCUGCAGAAGCAGGAGCUUUGGUAUGCUUUUGCACCAACCCUAUCUGGCUUGUGAAGACAAGAUUGCAACUGCAGUCUCCUCUGCAUCAGAUUCGUCCUUACUCUGGGUUUCAUGAUGCUUUAAUAACCAUAAUGAAAGAAGAAGGGUGGAGGGCAUUUUACAAGGGCCUUCUGCCGGGUCUCUUUCUGCAGGUAACCCAUGGUGCUAUUCAGUUCACUGCAUAUGAGGAACUUCGUAAGGUUGUGGUAAACUGGAGGUUUGAUAAAAAUGAAAGAACAUCUGGCACUGCUGACAACUUGUUGGAUUCCAUUGAUUAUGCAACAUUAGGAGCUUCUUCUAAAAUAGCUGCCAUUCUUUUGACAUACCCAUUUCAGGUCAUACGAGCUCGUCUGCAGCAACGACCAAGUACUGCCGGAAUACCAAGAUAUGUAGAUAGCUGGCAUGUUGUUAAGGAAACGGCAAGGUUUGAGGGGGUACGAGGUUUCUACCGGGGUAUCACAGCAAACCUGCUGAAAAAUGUACCUGCUGCUUCAGUGACCUUCAUAGUUUAUGAAAAUGUUCUGAAUAUGCUGAAAUUAGCAAGGAGAGAUUAUUAACCUUAUUCUCCUGGUAUUCUUCUGACCAUUUUUUUUAGUGUUAGGAUUGCAUACUUUGCACGGCUGGAACUCUACGGCAAAAUUAUAGUUAUAGAUGCCUUGAGGAAAUAAUUAUGUAAACCUGUAACUUUGGAAUUUUGUUAUCUGAAAUGUUUUUUCUCCGCUUGUAUUCCA